AUGCCGUCAGACUUGGUUCAAAAUGGAUCUGUCUGUGAUAUAGAAAAAGAAUUACAGGCUUUUGACGAAUCAAAAGCUGGUGUCAAGGGACUUGUAGACGCUGGGAUAAUUAAAACUCCUCCCUUCUUUGUGGUACUAGAAAGUGAAGUCUCUUGCCAACCAAGUCCAGCCCAUUUUCAUAUUCCUGUCAUAGACCUGAAAGGCAUUCAUGAAGAUGAUGUUCGACGUAGAGAAAUUGUUGAGCAGAUGUGCAAUGCUUCAGAGACAUGGGGGUUCUUUCAGGUUGUGAAUCAUGGUAUUUCAAAAAAUGUCAUGGAGGGAAUGGUUCAGGGAGUGAAGGGAAUUCAUAAGGAAAAGAAUGAAGUGAAAAUGGAAUAUUAUACAAGGGACACGAAGAAGAAGCUGUUGAGUUUCACUUAUUGCAGGGAGAUAGAAAUCAAAUAUUUAGCAUAUAUAAAGAGGUUGGGAGGAACUCUUCUUGAAUUACUAUCAGAAGCUCUUGGACUCGAGCGUAAUCAUCUGACUGAAAUUGGCAAGUUCCAGAUUUAUGAGCGCAGGGUGCAGGCUAAUCACAUCGGCCCAAGAAUAUCAGUUGCGAGCUUCUUCGCACUCUAUGACUGGAUUUGUGCCCCGUUAAAAGAGCUGAUAUCAGAUGAAAAUCCUCUGUACAAGGAGGUUCCGCUGAAAGACUACAUUGUUCAAUACAGGUGGAAAGAACGUGAUGGUGGCAUCUCUACACUUGAUCGUUUCAGGUUGUGA